AUGCAAGUGUUGUCUUGGAAUGCAUACGAAAGCAACACCUCGACGCCUGUGAGCAAUCUGUACAAUCCUUCAGCGGCAGCGAAGGAUUCCUCCCGAGCUACUGCAAGCGCGUUCUCCCGCUUCAACAAGCGGAAACGCGAAUCCGAGCCACAUGCAGAGGCACGUGGUCAAGACUGGUCUCUCAAUGUCGCUGCGCCGUCAAAGUCGACAGACAUUGUCCAGGAGCCUAAUGCCACUACUCUGACAAACCCAAACAGUGCGCCUAUGCCUACGAUGGAUCUCCAACCGCCGACAACCAGUAGCUCGCCAACCACGGAUGCAUCCCCAACACUCGUGGCAAGUGAUGCGCAAAGCCUCGAUCAAGAUAGCCCAAAAGCUAUCGAGCAGGAUUCCAUUCAACAGCGUCGGCAUAAGAUUCGGCAGACCGUUGUGCAGCAGGUCAACCUCGAGAUUUUGGUGAAGCAUAACGAGCUACGACUGAUCGACCAAGAGAUCGCCAAAUGCCAAGCCGCACUAGAACAGCUUCGGAGAUGUUCUGAGAUUCCGUAUCCAGCAAUGCAGGUGUCGCAAGAUGUAUCUCUGGGCAUUGGACCUGCUCUUCGCGAGAAAUACGCCGGUGCACGGCUGCCGUCUUCUCCUGCGCCCUGGGGCGUGGUCGAUGGUCCUUACUCUCGUCAUUACGCUACAUGGCUUCUCCCUGAUCCACGUUUCGACGGCGGUGAAGCUGAGCCUAGCCGUGAGAUGAUUGUCACCGCCAACGGCAAACGACCCGCCAAAGGCCGACAUGGCCGGCCGUCCAUUGUCGAAGACAUGAAUCUCGGUGGCAUGAGUUCGCGGUCGCAGAGAACGAAACCUCUGCAGGCUCUGGCUCCUGGCUAUGCGCAACCGAAGGAGAAGGCUCACGGACCUCUUUUUCUCAAACGUCCAUCCGAUGGCGCCAUGGUCAAGCUCAAGUGUCCCGAUUGUGGACGAGUCGAGUUCGGCAGUGCUCAGGGCUUUAUCAACCAUUGCCGUAUCGGUCACCAGCGAACUUUCGCGAGUCAUGCUGCUGCUGCACAGCAAUGUGGCGAGCAAGUCAAGUAUGACGCAAGCGGCGUGAUGGUCGGUGCGGCCCCGGUCAGUCAGCCAACAGUGACUCCUACAACCAGCGCCCACUCUCUUGUGCGGUCUGCUCAUCUGCUGCCAAAGACGCCCGCCGAUGUCCCCAAGUUGGCCCUGUCGCUUGAUGGACCUUCGAACACUACGCCGAAGCCUUCCGAUGGCGGUGGUUCGACCAAUUUCUUGGCAGCUCUCCUCGAGAAACACAACAGCCCAAUUGACCUCAACAAAGAAGUAGCUGAUGCCAAGGAGAAGAUCGACAUUCCAGAUCUUGACGUCGACCUUUCAGGUGACGAGGAAGACUCCGUGCAGUCGCCGAAGACAAGUGUCAACGGACGCUCUCAAGGCAAAGGCACACGCCAAAUCUCCGCGCCUUCCAAGGCACCAAGCGCAUCACCUAUUCUGGCGUCUCGAGUUCCUGUCAGUCAAUCUUUAGAACAAGACGACGAAUUCGGUCAUGUCAUGGGACCUUCGCCGACCGCAGACUCCAACCAAGCUCCAAGUCUGAUAGAUGACGACGAAGAUUACGAAGCACACACACCUGGAUCCAGUACGCCUGUUUCGGAGGUUUCGGAGGAGGAAAGCCUACAGAUUCGCGUUAGAGACGAUGACGAGCCACAACAAGACGAGAUGGACCUUGAAGCGCCCUCGUGCACGCGCACCGACCAGUCCUUCAAGGCACCUGCUCCUCCAGCGUCAGCUUUUCGUCAGGAAGCCAAUAGACCUGAGGAUAUGCCAGUCAAGCGCAAGUAUGACAGCGCCGGACCCGGCGCGGAGCAGGUGAGCGCUGAUCGCAGCAAAAGACGCAAGAUUACAAAGUGA